CAGGCUGAGUAAAUAUUGGGAAAUGGGUGUUAUUAUCUGUUCAUUGACUAUAGAUUUAAUGGAACCAAGGAGAGCCUAGAUCAGUGUGAAAUUUGUUUUAAGCAUUGUUGUAAAGUUUCCAAUCCUCAAAUGCAAGAGGCUUGCAAAAAAAGAAAAGAAAAAUGCAACUAUUACUGAGUGAAAUAAAAGCUCCUGUCCUUCAAAUGCCUGCUUUGGUUUAGCACAGUAGCUUGCUUUACUUUCAGAUAAAUUGUCAUUGAAGCAAAACCAAGAUAUGAGAAAUGUGAACCCUUCUCUUUCAACACUACCCAUUGUGUUCAAAUUCAUAAGCAAGAAAGGUAAGAGCCCACCUUCCUCUCUAAGAAAAUAUGAAAGUUGGCACUUUGAAAUAGAGUUCAUUGCACUCAGACUUUGAGUGAUAUCUGCAUUCAGAUCCAACCGGAUCUGCAGGUGCCUUCCAAAAAGUUCUUUCUUCUCAGUGGUGAGAAUUACCUCACCUGGAAUUCACUCUUCAAAAGGCUCCAGAAGCUUAUUCAUAUGAAUGAAACUGUUUCUUCAGAGUAGAUGCGGAAGCUGCCCUCCUCGAGGGUUUGGGCAACCCAAGGGGAAAGGAAAUCGUUCAGAGCCACUGUGGCUGCUGGGUCUUCUAGAGUUGGGUGCUGCCUCGAGCUCACUGCUCUCCCCAAGAUGCAGUUUCUUGAUGCAGAGGAUCUUCUGGUGGAUGAAGAGGAUGAUAUUUUUGGUGAAGGACUGCCAACCAGACUCCCAGAAAUCAUGCUGGUUGGAUCCCAGUCCUUCUCGCCUGGAGGGCCCAAUGGGAUCAUCAGAAGCCAGUCCUUCGCGGGUUUCAGUGGCCUGCAGGAACGACGAUCCAGGUGUAACUCCUUCAUUGAAAAUGCCUCUGCUCUCAAGAAGCCCCAGGCCAAACUGAAGAAAAUGCACAACUUAGGUCACAAAAAUAACAAUCCUCCCAAAGAGCCUCAGCCUAAAAGAGUAGAAGAGGUCUACAGGGCCUUGAAAAAUGGACUGGAUGAGUACCUGGAGGUUCACCAGAUGGAGUUGGAAAAGUUGACAGCUCAGUUAAAAGAUAUGAAAAGGAACUCACGCCUGGGUGUGCUGUAUGACCUAGACAAGCAAAUUAAAACAAUUGAAAGAUACAUGAGACGCCUGGAGUUUCACAUUAGUAAGGUAGAUGAACUCUAUGAAGCCUAUUGUAUCCAACGACGUCUACAAGAUGGUGCCAGCAAAAUGAAGCAAGCCUUUGCAACAUCCCCUGCCAGCAAGGCUGCCCGAGAGAGUCUGUCAGAGAUCAAUCGGAGCUACAAAGAGUACACAGAGAAUAUGUGCACCAUUGAAGCGGAACUGGAGAAUCUGCUCGGGGAAUUCUCCAUCAAGAUGAAAGGUCUGGCUGGCUUUGCUCGCCUCUGUCCUGGAGAUCAGUAUGAAAUUUUCAUGAAGUAUGGUCGGCAGAGAUGGAAACUGAAAGGCAAAAUAGAAGUCAAUGGCAAACAGAGCUGGGAUGGAGAAGAGACAGUUUUCCUGCCCCUCAUAGUUGGGUUCAUUUCCAUCAAGGUCACUGAGCUCAAAGGGCUAGCGACUCACAUCCUGGUGGGCAGUGUGACCUGUGAGACCAAAGAGCUGUUUGCAGCCCACCCUCAGGUGGUAGCUGUUGACAUCAAUGACCUUGGUACCAUCAAACUGAACCUGGAAAUCACCUGGUAUCCCUUUGAUGUGGAAGACACAACGCCAUCCUCCGGUGCUGGGAACAAGGCGGCAGCUCUCCAGAGGAGGAUGUCCAUGUAUAGCCAGGGCAGCCCGGAAACACCUGUCUUCAAAGAUCAUGCUUUCUUUAGGUGGUUGCUUCCUUCACCAGACAGGCCCAUGCGGCUGUCUGUCUUGAGUGCCUUGAGAGACACUUUCUUUGCCAAGCUGCACCGCAGCCGCUCUGUCAGUGACCUGCCCUCCCUCAGCCUGAACCCCAAGGCCCUGCUAGAGUUCUAUUCAAAUCUACCUGAUGACAUCUUUGAAAAUGGAAAGACUGCUGAGGAAAAAAUGCCACUGUCACUUAGCUUCAGUGACCUGCCCAAUGGGGAUUGCACCAUCAUCUCCAACUCAGCUGCCUCUCCCUCCAGCUUGUGCUCAGCAAAUCCAGAAAUUACCAUAACCCCUGCUGAGCUCACCCACAACAGCCUAUCCUCCCACAAGGAGAGCAUGGAUGACAGCAGCUCAGUAUCUUCUAGAAAUUCCUUGGGAGAAGACCAAGAGCCAAAGUCCCACCUGAAGGGGGACACAGUGGAACCUAGGAAGCCUGCCUUGGCCACAGGUGCUGGCACUGAGCGCCUGUUCAUUGAGAAUGGUGUUGCGGAGGCCCUUCUGCAAGAGUCUGAUGAGGCCUCUGACCUCAAACCUGUGGAACUAGACACUUUUGAAGGCAAUAUCACGAAGCAGUUGGUGAAAAGGCUUACCUCAGCUGAAGUGCCAGUGGCCACAGAGAGGCUGCUCUUCGAGGGCUCUGUCAGUGGAGAAUCUGAAAGCUGUAGAUCCUUUCUGGAUGGCAGCUUAGAGGAUGCCUUUAAUGGGCUUUUUCUUGCAUUAGAACCACAUAAGGAGCAGUACAAAGAGUUCCAGGAUCUGAACCAAGAAGUCAUGCAUUUGGAUGACAUUCUAAAAUGCAAACCCGCAGGAAGCCACAGCAGGUCUUCCAGCUUAAGUCUUACAGUCGAAAGUGCUUUAGAAAGCUUUGAUUUCCUGAACACCUCUGAUUUUGAUGAGGAGGAGGACGAUGGUGAUGAGGUUUGUCAUGUUGGAGGAGGUGCCGACUCAGUAUUUUCAGACACUGAGACUGAGAAAAACAGUUACAGGUCAGUUCACCCAGAAGCCAGGGGACAUCUUAGCGAAGCACUGACGGAAGACACAGGAGUCGGGACCAGUGUGGCAGGAAGCCCUCUCCCACUGACCACAGGAAAUGAGAGCCUAGACAUCACCAUCGUUAGACAUCUACAGUACUGCACCCAACUCUGUUCAGUAAAUGAGAGUAAGGUGAUUAAGAAAAAAAGUCCAAAUGCUUCUGACAGUACAGCAGGGCAGUACUGCUCUGUGUCCCACAUCCAUGGCUACCAGCAAAUUGUUUUCUCCAGCAAAACCCCAUUUGUGGCAAGAAAUCUCUUAGAGAAGCUUUCUAAGCAGAUCCAAGUGAUGGGGAAACUCGCAGCAGUCAGUGAUGAGAACAUAGGCAACAUCAGCUCUGUCAUCGAAGCUAUACCAGAAUUUCACAAAAAGCUGCCUUUGCUGUCGUUUUGGACCAAGUGCUGCGGCCCGGUUGGUGUCUACCACAGCUCAGCUGACAGAGUGAUUAAGCAGCUGGAGGCCAGCUUUGCUAGAACUAUGGACAAAGAAUACCCAGGACUUGCAGACCCAGUGUUUCGAACCCUGGUGUCCCAAAUUCUGGACCGAACUGAGCCUCUGCUUUCCUCCAGCCUUUCCUCAGAAGUUGUCACCGUUUUCCAGUAUUACAGUUACUUUACCAGCCAUGGUGUGAAUGACCUGGAGAGUUACCUGAGUCAGCUGGCCAGGCAAGUUUCCAUGGUUCAGACUCUGCAAUCCUUAAGAGAUGAAAAACUGCUGCAGACCAUGAACAGCCUUGCUCCCAGCAACCUCCCAGCCCAGCAAGAAGUUCUCAGGACUCUGGCUCUGCUGUUGACCAGAGAGGACAAUGAAGUUAGUGAGGCUGUGACACUGUACUUGGCAGCAGCCUCCAAAAAUAAGCAUUUCAGGGAAAAGGCCUUGGUCUAUUACUGUGAAGCACUAACAAAGACCAACCUCCACCUCCAGAAGGCGGCUUGCCUGGCCCUAAAAAGCCUUGAGGCUACAGAAUGCAUUAAAAUGCUGGUGACGUUGUGUCAAUCUGAUACUGAAGAAAUCAGAAAUGUGGCCUCAGAAACCCUCUUGUCUCUUGGAGAAGAUGGGCGGCUAGCAUAUGAACAGUUGGAUAGAUUUCCUCGAGACUGUGUUAAAGUUGGAGGUCGUCACGGAACUGAAGUAGCCACAGCCUUUUAAUACGAGUUAACUCUGCUUAACUGCGGUCCUAAUAUCUGACCCUUUUCAUUAAGAGGGUUCUGUGAGUUAGCUGAACAGUGUCUAGAACUUGAAGAGUUCUGCUGAGUUUGUCUGGAAAUGUGUUGUUAUAAAAAGAAUUUAGAAUACAGUUUCACAGGACCUAUCUAAUUUUUCCGUGGCCAAUAGCACAGGGCUAUGUAUAAUUCAGUAAAUUACAUCAUUGAUUGUGUCUCACAGUGCUCAGUAAAAAAAAAAUGUCCAUCUUAAGACAUAUGGACUUUUAAAGUAGCCAUCUUUGUACUUUUUGGAAGUUCUUCUACAAUCUUGAAAACCAUCAUGUGACAAUGUGACAAUGUCAGUAAAUAUCAAAUGCCUUGCAGUUUUUCUCUGUCAUGUUCUCAGGGUUGAGUGGCCCUUCAGCUACCUAAUUUUUCUCUAACUCUAAAGCACAAAAAAGAAUUUCUUCAAAUAAAGUUUGCCUGAAGAACCUGGCAACAUGGCCCAUUGUAAGAGGAUAAUUUUUUAACUCCCAUUAUUUGUUUCUUUUUUCUAUCCUGAGAAUUUCCAAGUCAUAUUCCAUUAUGGUAAAAGAUAGGCAGGUAAUGAAGAACUACCUUAUUAAUAUUAAAUAUAUACUUUUUUUUGAGACAGGGUCUUGCUGUGUAGCCCAGGCUGACCUGGAACUUGCUAUGCAGUCGUGUAGCCCAGUAUGGUCUCAAACUCAGAAUCCUCCUGCCUCAACCUCCUGAGUUCUAGGAUUCCAGGUGUGGACUGCUAUGUCUAGCUCCCAUAUUCUUAAAAACAAACAACAAACUCAAAGAUUAAGCUUUUUUUUUCCUAAUUAACAAGAGCCAUUUUUGUGAUACUCUUACAAUGUAAGUGUUUUGCUGCUAAGACAAAUCAAAACCAAAAGCCAUGGAUUCAAAAGCUGUGAUACUCUUUGAAGUAGAAGCCUAGAAAUCGGAUGAAUUCCAAAGGGGGCAGGAAUGGAGGACUAUUAAAAGUGGUCUCUGCUUCUGUAAGAUUGUCAAUGAGAUUAGGAAGAAGGAUUCUCUGAGGGAUGGAGACUGCCCCCUGAGAAAUCAUUCACCACCAGGUAGGAUCCUCUGCCCAAAGAGUUAAAACAGCAGCUCCCAUGAUUGCUGCAGUAUCAGGGUAGCAAGUCCAUUCAACAAAAUAAAAGUCCAAGCCCAUUCAGUAGCUGAUUUUUCUUCUUCUAAAGAGUAGGCAAGGUGGGGUAUGCCAAGGUAUCAAAACAAUAUGUGCAAGUAUAAAGUGUGGAAUAUCAACUGUUUGCUGGAUGUGUUUGUAUAAAAUAUCACUUAGAUGUUAUUUUCAAUAUUUACAUUUUAGCAAGACUUUUAAAAAGAAUUUUAAAGUGAAAAUUGUCUGCCAGGCUUCUGGAAAAAUAGUUCUUUGAACUGUGAAGUUAUAAUGUACAUAUUUGUAUAUUUAUAAAUAUUACACAGAAGCAUAUAUUCCUCAUUUUAAAGGUACACUGUACAGUCUAUAGCUAGUAUUAUAGUCUAUAGUCCACGUUAAAUGGUUGAAAUGUUUCUUUUUAUAGAAAGUGAAAUCACAGAUAUUACAAGGUUCUUUGCUUUGUUUUAGGGUUUUAAUUUUUUAAGAUUGCAUGAGACGUUAAUUCCGUAUCUUUUGUAUUCACAUCUGCAUUUUAUUUUUGGUUGGGGGGAUGCUUUUAGUUUUGUGGCAUUUGUAUUCAUCACUCUUUCAAUCAUGUAAG